AUGGCGCGUCCAAUCCUGUUGCUUCCUCUGCCUGCAUCGGCAUGGGAGCAGCCAUUAGAUCGUUCUUGAAUUAGUGCUGCUGCUACUGCGGUGGCGGCUGUUGGUGACGAUGAUCUUAUCUUCGUUCCCACCGGCUUUCCGGUGAUGCUGGGCUCAAGAAGAAUGGAGGCGGUAGCAGGAUGGACUGCUGGGAGCAGCAGGAGUAGCGGAGGCGGUUCUCUUCGCGAUGCUCAGGUCCCAUCAUCGGAGCGGCAGGAGCGAGUGCGCGCACUCUGCGCCUUCCUGGGAGCCCGUCUCGGGCCUUACGAACCGGCUCUGAGUGCCCUGCAGGCCACGCUAGUUUGGGAGAGGCCGGCGAGGAGCGCACUUGGCUGGGCUUUCGCCCACGCGGUCUUCGGGUUUUUUGCUCUGACAUCUCUGCAUCUGAUAUUCCUGAUUGCAUUCACCUUGAUACUAUUAUUAUGUUUAGAUCAGUGGAAGAACAACAUUUGGCCUGAAAUAAAAGUGCAACCUGGUGAAUUAGAUAAUGAAAGCUGGGGCUAUGUCCACCCUCAACUGCUGAGUGUGCCUGAACUGUGUCACUAUUUGGCAGAAGGAUGGGUCACAGGAGACAGCUUCUUGAGGAACCUGUUGGGCUUCAAAAGGCAAAAUCCGGGCAAGUUUUGCCUUCUUGCUUGUGGUGUCCUCACAUUCUUGGCGGUGUUGGGCCAGUACAUUCCAGGUGUCUGUCUUGCCUAUCUAACAAUGCUUUCCCUCCUACUGUGGCCACUUGCUGUUUACCACCAUCUGGGUCAACGCCUGUAUGCCAAACUGAAGCCAGCUCUGCAACAUUUGGACUUCAGUGUUCAUGGCUACAUGAUGUCUAAGCAUAAGGAAAAGCAAUUGCAACAUCAGAUGCGGAGGCAGCAUCCUGGUAAUGCUGAUGGGAGUGACAGUGAAGAAGAGCUUGCUGCCUUCUGUCCCAAGUUGGAUGAUGCAGUUGUUGCUAAGGAGCUGGCUAUCUCUGAUUCAGAGCACUCUGAUGCGGAAGUAUCCUAUACUGAGAAUGGGACAUUCAAUCUGUCAAGAGGCCAAACCCCCUUGACAGAGGGAUCUGAAGAUUUUGAUGCCCAGAGUGACCCUGAGGAAUCCUUUGCCCGAGAUCUCCCAGAUUUCCCUUCUAUCAACCCCGAGAUGACAGGCAUAGAUGAUGAGGAUGAUACCAGUAUAGGCAUCCCUAGCCUCGCUGCCCGAACACAGGAUCAGGAAGAUAAGCGGCUUUCUCACAACCAGGAGGGAGUGACCUCAGAGCUCCUCCUGGGUGAGCUGCCAUUGGCACAUAACCUCACAGAUGACUUAGCUGGCUUUGUAACCAGAGGCAUGAUCCAGCUUGCCUUGUCAGGAGCCUCCCAUUCAGGCUCCAUGCAUGGCAACAGGCAGCAGCAAAAGGCCAAGGCCUUGCUCCACACCUCCAGCUCAGAGCUGGACACAGAUGCUGAAGGGGAUGACUUUGAACUGCUGGAUCAGUCAGAAUUGAGUCAGAUGGAUCCUUCCAGUUCCCAUGCUCAAUAAAACAUUGUCUUCCUUCCCCUUUUGUGGAUCCUUUGUCUCAUGGCACAGAGAUGGAAAAGUCCUGCAAGAAUAAGAUAGUGUCCAACCAUUUGCUGCAUGAUCUAGCUGGGCAAAUUUGGAAGGUGGUGUGUUUCAGAACAAAUUCCUGCUGGGGCAAAAUCAGGCAAGAUUUUUGGCUUGCUGUGUGUUACACUCUUUGUUCAAAGGCAAAAUAUCCUAUUCUUGCAGCGGCAGUUGUCCUCCUUAAAGGAGCGUCCCCAACAGAGCUUAGUUCUUGUUUAAUGAAACAGAAGUUAGGGUGACAGGAAUUGUCUUUAAUUAAACGUUAGCUAAGAAGCCCGAUAAAAUCUUGUAGGGAUAGAGACAACUAUUGCAUCUUGUUCCUGGAUUAAGAUGUAAAUGCUUAAGUCCAAUAAAAUGUAUUUCUCAGCCUCUGGCAUCCUUGAGGUGUUAAAAAUUACCUGUAUCCCCAGUAAAUAUUUGCAUGGAAUGACCCCAGAUAUAAUGGCAAUAUUUUUAGUGUAUUAGAAUCUCUCUCUCUCAUUUUCACACGCGCACACACACACACACAUACACAUAUCACUAUUUUUUAAAAGAAAUUGCCUGUAAUGGGAGAAUACGCUCUACCCUAGCCCCAUGAAGGUUCAUGCAGAAGCAACAUGAAAGGAUUGGCCCCUAGUCCUCCUGUGACAGUCACCAAAGCAUAGAGCAAUAUGAGAGACAAGAAUAUACUUCCUUGGUUUUUUUUAAUCCCACACUGAAGUUGUGUGAUUCCUUUGGAAUGUCUUACAGGUAAUCUGAUGAGGGGCCUGUCAGUCUGUCCUGUCUAGCUGUUGGUAACUUGCCAACAAUUUCUGCAUCAUGGAUGUUGAGUGCUCUCAGACACCCUACUCUGAACACUGUACAGCUCCUAUAGAAAGCUAGUUCACUAUUAGAGAUGGAGGUAGUAGCAAAGUUAUGGCCUACUUCCCUAAGAUUUUCUAAAUGUGUCAUAAAAGAAUGGUUCACUGUUUAAGAAUAUUCCCUCAGAAUAUGCCUUUGAGAAUACAACAUGGGAGCAGUGUUGUACCUUUUGGGGGCAUCUCUGUGACCUUAGUAUAUUAUUAAUGCUUUGAUUAUUCAAAGCUAUUUAAAUCAAAUGGCUUAAUGACAGGUUUGGGGAUAUCUAUUUUAAUAUUUUGAUGAAACUUUCUGUGUUGCUGUGAAGAUGGUGCUGUGUUCCUCAAGAAUAAAACAUGUAGAAUUUGUAUCUGGAAGUAACUAAUAUUUGCUGCUGGGACUGUUCACAAUACCACAGCCAUCUGUUUUUCCUUGUUUGAGUAAAACCAGCAUGAAGUGUUUUAAUUGCUGCAUGAUCUUAACCAAGAUUUCACACCUGCAAAGAAUUGAGGCCUUCAUAGGACUGCACAUACUGUGAGGAGUUUAUGUUUGUGCUAUAGCUAGUAAGUUCAUGAUUCUGGUGCUUCAUAUCUUCCUACACAGAACUCCAAAUUAAUUUUUUCUGCAAAACUAUUGGAAAUUUGUAAUCUAGGAGUAAUUCUGCUUGGUAUAAAGCCAUCUUGGUGACCCUUUGUGGACAGAACAGAGACUUGACUAAAUGCUGUGGUUUUACAUCUUUAGGUAGCUUACAACAUCCUAAAGUUUUAUUUAGGUACUAUCCAACUUCUUAUAGAAAUUUGUGAAUCUGCUGAACUGAAUCAUCUUGAAUGCCUGUAUAUACAAUUAGAGAGCUUUACUUGACUUCCAACUCAGUGUUGGAACUCUGAGUAAUCUUUCAGUCUUCGAAGUUUCCUGAGUUUGCAUUUGAAGACAUUUUAUGGCACACUGCCUAUUGUUCUUGGCCAAGCAGUAAUGUGAUGUAGAUGCUUAUGUGUAAUAGCCCAUUCUUGCAGAAGAGACUCAGGAAGGUGAAGCUUUAUAAAUUUGAAGCAGCUUGGUUUUGGUAGCAUUUGUGUGGCAAUAUCAUGGUAUUUAACUGCCUUUUCUAGUGGCAGCCAAUAUUUAACUGCCUUUUCAGCCAAUAUUGUGGAUGUUUAUAGAGUAAUUUGUCAUGUUGCAGAAUUUUUAAAAAUAAGAUGUUAACUUUUGAGGCAAGAAACUUUAUUUCAUUAGAAUUUGUUUUAUGUGGAUAAGAACACGAUUUCACUAAACUUUUGUGUAACAAGACAGCCAACCACAGCCUUUUUGCCCUUACUGGUGCAAAAUAAAGAAUUCAAGACA